AGGAGGUAUACACAGACCCCAAGCUACCUGGUAGUUACACCAAACUGACGAUGAAUCAAUUUAAAUAAUCCUGGUUCUAGUUUCAAUUCACCUAAAGUGCCUAUCCUCUUUUUCAUUUUUCUUUCCCUUGUUGGUUUCCAUUCUUUUUUCCUUCCUUGAUCCGAUCUUCUUUGAGUUGUUUUUUCCGUUUUUAAUAACAGCGCACCCGAGCCCAGAUCCCCCCCCCCUCCUAGUCAUGGAAGCCGCAGGCACCGCACUCGCCGUUGCCUCACUGGUCGGCAAGACGGUCUUCGCCAUUGCAGACAUCUCAAGUGGUUACAAGUCUGCCUAUCCAGAACUCGCUCGCGUCGAGAAUAACCUUGUGUCCAUCAGGGAGGUGCUCGACCGACUCCCCCGAGAUGGCCACUCCGUGUUUGAUAACGUGCUUAACGACCUGGCCAAAAAUGUCAGGGAUAUCCAGGGGUUUGUCGACAAGAGGGUCAGGAAAGCGGGCGCAAGGUCCUUGCUGGUGAAGUUGGGAUGGCACGGCGACCGUGUGAAGCUGGAGAGGAUGGAGGCCGCGCUCGAGACGUCCAAGUCUACCCUCAUGAUCGCCAUCCAGGCCUGCCAGUUGGCUUCCAAAGACGCGGAUCGGAAGGAGCUUGUGGCUGGCCUCAAGUUGUCCAUGCAAGAGACGAUCAGAAAGGUGUCAGGCUAUGAGUUCGGAUCGGCCCGGAUCCAAGACAUCCGCGCCCAUCUGGACUCGGUAUCAAGGUCGCUUCAGGAGAGACGGCGGGGAUCUGGCGCAGCUGGGACGGUGGCAGAACUCGACAUGGGCAAACCUCUGACCACGUGGCCAACUUUCGAAGCCUGGUUGGAUUCUUUUGCUCCCUCACAGGACGAUGUCGAGCGGGAUGAGAAGGCGCUUGCUGAAGGCCAGGGUCGACAGGCUGAGCAAGGGGGUGGAGUCGACACCGAAUUUAACGUUGCUAAUGGGACUCACGGGCAAGAGAGAGACCCGAACCUGGAACAGAGGCUAGUGAAAGUCUGUAUUGUCGGUCUAGAGGGAGCCGCCUGCUCGAUGGCAAGGAUAAUGACGCUGUCCCCACAGACAGAAAUAGCGGAAGUUCUGGAGACAUUACAUCGAGAAGCACAACGUGGGUGACCGGAUUC